CGUGCGUGCACGUGUGGCCCCGCCUCCUCCGGUCUCGCCGCGAAGCUGCCGAGGUUGAACUUCCCGCCUGGCCGCAGCGAUGUUGCGCGUCCUGCCUCGGCAGUGAGGGGACAGAAGCGUCCCGGGUUUCUCCGCUCUUGUUGACGGCGUCGCGCCCAGAGCCGCCAUGUCCACGGGGUUCUCCUUCGGGUCUGGCACUCUGGGCUCCACCACCGUGGCCCCCGGAGGCACCGGCACAGGCACCGGCUUCUCCUUUGGGACCGGCACGUCUAGCACACCUUCUGUGGGGCUCAACUUUGGAACUCUCGGAAGCUCUGUCACCCCAGCAUCUACAUCUGCUUCUGCCAGUGGUUUUGGAACAGGACUCUUUGGAGCUAAGCCUUCCACCGGGUUCACUCUAGGAGGAGCAAGUUCAGGAACACCAGCUACUACAUCUGCAUCUACAACAGGCUUCAGUUUAGGAUUCAGUAAGCCUGCAGCAUCCGCCACACCAUUUGCCUUGCCUGGCACUUCUACCUCAGCUAGUGGUCUCACGCUUUCGUCUGCUCUGACAUCCACUCCAGCAGCAUCCACAGGAUUUACUCUAAAUAACUUGGGAACAACACCAGCCACAACUACAACAGCAUCAACAGGACUUUCUUUAGGGGGAGCCUUAGCUGGUUUGGGAGGUUCACUUUUCCAGAGUGCAAACACAGCAACAUCGGGUCUUGGACAAAAUGCUUUAAGCUUGUCUUUGGGAACUACAGCACCUACUUCAACUGCAGGCAGCGAAGGCCUUGGUGGUAUAGAUUUUAGUACCUCAUCAGAUAAAAAGAGUGAUAAAACAGGAACAAGACCAGAGGAUAGUAAAGCACUGAAAGAUGAAAACCUGCCUCCUGUCAUCUGUCAGGAUGUUGAAAAUCUCCAGAAAUUUGUCAAAGAACAAAAACAAGUCCAAGAAGAAAUUAGUCGAAUGUCUUCCAAAGCGAUGCUUAAAGUCCAGGAAGACAUCAAGGCACUGAAGCAGCUGCUGUCAUUGGCUGCCAGUGGGUUGCAGAGGAACACCCUCAAUAUCGACAAACUGAAGUUAGAAACGGCUCAGGAGUUAAAGAAUGCUGAGAUAGCUUUAAGAACCCAGAAAACACCACCUGGACUUCAACAUGAAAAUACAGCUCCUGCUGACUACUUCAGAGUCUUGGUUCAGCAGUUUGAGGUACAGCUUCAGCAGUACAGGCAGCAGAUUGAAGAACUAGAAAAUCAUCUUGCCACUCAAGCAAACAAUUCACAUAUAACCCCUCAAGAUUUAUCAAUGGCUAUGCAGAAAAUUUAUCAAACAUUUGUAGCUUUAGCUGCACAACUUCAAUCUAUUCAUGAAAAUGUCAAGGUGCUUAAAGAACAGUACCUCAGCUACAGAAAAAUGUUUUUGGGUGAUGCUGUAGAUGUGUUUGAAGCCAGGAGAACGGAAGCCAAGAAGUGGCAGAAUGCACCCAGAGUUACUACUGGACCUACUCCUUUCAGCACCAUGCCAAAUGCAGCAGCCGUUGCCAUGGCUGCAACACUUACACAGCAGCAACAGCCUGCUACAGGGCCACAGCCAUCUCUGGGAGUUAGUUUUGGAACGCCAUUCGGCUCAGGUAUUGGCACUGGCUUGCAAUCAAGUGGCUUAGGUUCUUCAAACCUUGGAGGAUUUGGAGCUAGCUCUGGUUUCGGAUGCGGCACCACAGGGGCCUCCACAUUUGGAUUUGGAACAACAGAUAAACCCUCAGGAAGUCUUAGUGCAGGACCCGUUCGUUCUUCUGCGGGCUACAAGAAGGCAGAGGAUGAGAUGUCCCGGACCACGUCUGUUGGAGACCAGCUAGAGGCACCGGCCCGCAUAAUUUACCUCAACCAAUCUCAUCUCAACAAAUUCUGCGACAACCAGAUCAGUACGGCCAAGUACAGCGUGUUGACAUUUCUACCUCGAUUCUUGUAUGAGCAGAUUAGGAGAGCUGCUAAUGCCUUCUUCCUAUUUAUUGCCUUACUGCAGCAAAUUCCAGACGUAUCGCCAACAGGACGAUACACCACCCUGGUGCCAUUGAUCAUCAUUUUAACAAUUGCAGGCAUCAAAGAGAUUGUAGAAGAUUUUAAGCGACAUAAGGCAGACAAUGCAGUUAACAAGAAGAAAACAAUAGUGUUAAGAAAUGGUAUGUGGCAUACUAUCAUAUGGAAAGAGGUGGCAGUGGGAGACAUCGUGAAGGUCCUCAAUGGGCAGUAUCUUCCAGCAGACAUGGUCCUGUUCUCCUCCAGUGAGCCUCAGGGGAUGUGCUAUGUUGAAACCGCUAACCUGGAUGGGGAGACGAACCUUAAAAUCCGACAGGGCUUGAGCCACACAGCCGACAUGCAGACGCGGGAAGUACUGAUGAAACUGUCGGGAAGGAUAGAGUGCGAAGGGCCCAAUCGCCACCUCUACGACUUCACUGGCAACUUGCACUUGGAUGGGAAGAGCUCUGUUGCCCUCGGGCCCGACCAGAUCUUACUGAGAGGCACCCAGCUCAGGAACACUCAGUGGGUCUUCGGCGUUGUUGUAUACACGGGACACGACACCAAACUCAUGCAGAAUUCAACAAAAGCACCUCUCAAGAGGUCCAACGUCGAGAAGGUAACCAACGUGCAGAUCCUGGUGCUGUUUGGCAUCCUCUUGGUCAUGGCACUGGUGAGCUCGGUGGGAGCCCUGUACUGGAAUGGGUCUCAUGGUGGAAAGAGCUGGUACAUCAAGAAGAUGGACGCGAGCUCGGAUAAUUUUGGCUACAACUUGCUGACAUUUAUCAUCUUGUACAACAAUCUGAUCCCCAUCAGUCUGCUGGUGACGCUGGAGGUUGUGAAAUACACGCAAGCUCUCUUCAUCAACUGGGACACAGAUAUGUAUUAUAUUGAAAAUGACACUCCUGCUAUGGCCAGGACAUCGAACCUUAAUGAAGAGCUCGGGCAGGUAAAAUACCUGUUUUCUGACAAGACCGGAACUCUUACGUGCAAUAUCAUGAACUUCAAGAAGUGUAGCAUUGCUGGCGUAACCUAUGGCCACUUCCCAGAACUAGCCAGAGAGCCAUCCUCAGAUGACUUCUGCCGGAUGACUUCUUGCCCCAGUGACUCAUGCGACUUUAAUGAUCCCAGGCUGUUAAAGAACAUUGAGGAUCAGCAUCCCACAGCCCCCUGCAUACAAGAGUUCCUCACCCUGCUGGCUGUGUGUCACACCGUCGUCCCUGAGAAGGAUGGAGAUGAGAUCAUCUACCAGGCUUCCUCCCCAGAUGAAGCUGCUUUGGUCAAAGGAGCGAAGAAGCUUGGCUUCGUGUUUACGGGCAGGACGCCAUACUCGGUCAUCAUCGAAGCGAUGGGAGAAGAACAGACAUUUGGAAUCCUCAACGUUCUGGAGUUUUCUAGUGACAGAAAAAGGAUGUCUGUCAUUGUCCGAACUCCAUCAGGACAGCUUCGACUCUACUGUAAGGGAGCUGAUAAUGUCAUCUUUGAGAGACUUUCAAAAGACUCCAAGUACAUGGAGGAGACACUGUGCCACCUGGAAUAUUUUGCCACGGAAGGCCUGCGGACUCUGUGUGUGGCCUAUGCAGAUCUUUCUGAGAAUGAGUAUGAGGAGUGGCUGAAAGUCUACCAAGAGGCCAGCAUCAUACUGAAGGACAGAGCCCAGAGGCUGGAACAGUGUUAUGAGAUCAUCGAGAAGAAUUUACUGUUACUUGGAGCUACAGCCAUCGAAGACCGUCUUCAAGCUGGGGUUCCAGAAACCAUAGCGACUCUGUUGAAGGCAGAAAUUAAAAUAUGGGUGUUAACAGGAGACAAGCAAGAGACUGCAAUCAAUAUCGGGUAUUCCUGUCGAUUGGUGUCCCAGAACAUGGCCCUAAUCCUGUUGAAGGAAGAUUCUUUAGAUGCAACACGGGCUGCCAUCACUCAGCACUGCACGGACCUCGGAAAUUUGCUGGGCAAAGAGAACGACGUGGCCCUCAUCAUCGAUGGCCACACCCUGAAGUAUGCGCUCUCCUUUGAAGUUCGCAGAAGUUUCCUGGACCUGGCCCUCUCCUGCAAGGCAGUCAUCUGCUGCAGAGUGUCCCCUCUGCAGAAGUCUGAGAUCGUGGAUGUUGUGAAGAAGCGGGUGAAAGCCAUCACUCUGGCCAUCGGGGACGGUGCCAAUGACGUGGGGAUGAUCCAGACGGCCCACGUGGGGGUCGGAAUCAGCGGGAACGAGGGCAUGCAGGCCACCAACAACUCAGAUUAUGCCAUUGCCCAGUUUUCCUACUUGGAGAAGCUGCUUUUGGUUCAUGGAGCCUGGAGCUACAACCGGGUGACCAAGUGCAUCCUCUACUGUUUCUACAAGAAUGUGGUCCUCUACAUCAUUGAGCUUUGGUUCGCCUUUGUUAAUGGAUUUUCUGGGCAGAUUUUAUUUGAGCGCUGGUGCAUCGGCUUGUACAAUGUGAUCUUCACCGCGUUGCCGCCCUUCACUCUGGGAAUCUUUGAGAGGUCUUGCACUCAGGAGAGCAUGCUGAGGUUUCCACAGCUCUACAAAAUCACCCAGAAUGCAGAAGGCUUCAACACUAAGGUUUUCUGGGGUCACUGCAUCAAUGCCUUGGUCCACUCCCUCAUCCUCUUCUGGCUUCCCAUGAAAGUGCUGGAACACGAUACUCCACUGGCCAGUGGGCACGCCACAGACUACUUGUUUGUUGGAAAUAUUGUUUACACGUACGUUGUGGUUACAGUUUGUCUGAAAGCAGGUUUGGAGACAACAGCGUGGACUAAAUUCAGUCACCUGGCGGUGUGGGGAAGCAUGCUGAUCUGGCUGGUGUUUUUUGGUGUCUACUCCACCAUCUGGCCGACCAUCCCCAUUGCUCCUGACAUGAAAGGGCAGGCAACUAUGGUCCUGAGCUCUGCAUACUUCUGGCUGGGAUUGUUCCUGGUUCCAACUGCCUGUUUGAUUGAAGAUGUGAUGUGGAGAGCGACCAAGCACACCUGCAAGAAGACGCUGCUGGAGGAGGUACAGGAGCUGGAGACCAAGUCCCGAGUCCUGGGGAAAGCAAUGCUGAGAGACAGUAAUGGAAAGAGGAUGAACGAGCGUGACCGUCUGAUCAAGAGACUCAGCAAGAAGACACCCCCGACCCUCUUCCGAGCAGGCUCCAUCCAGCAGUGUGUCAGUCACGGGUAUGCCUUUUCUCAAGAAGAACACGGAGCUGUUACCCAGGAGGAAAUAGUUCGUGCUUACGACACCACCAAAAAGAAGUCAAGGAAGAAAUAAGAGGCGAUUUUGCUCCAGGGAAAGAGAUUCAGUUUGUUGCACGCAGUGUUAACACAGUUUUGUGAGGAGAGACUGGCGCCCGCAGCCCAACACCAGAAAACACAUUUCUGUGGCCUUAGCCGACCAGUUUGUUAGCAGCUGUCUGUCCCCUUGCAGUCCCAGGACACAGGCAUCAGGGGAAGCUAUUCUCCCAGCUUGUCUGCCGCGCUUGGCCCAACGUUUCCGUUGUUAUGAAGCAUUCAGCUGGGCUCCGUGAGGUGUGAAAUUAAAAACCAUGUUUCACCAGUGCUAAAACAUCAAUACGAGUGGUUCUGGGAGAGAGGAAAGGGGCAUUAUGUUACCAGAGACCAGUCCUGUGUAAUUGGAGCAGGGUACACUUCCUGUUCGGUGCAUGCACAGAUCAUACGAACCUCGCUUUCUGCAGAUUGCUCACUCACUUGGAUUCCUGUUUCGUUUGUGUGAAGCUGGCGUAAACUUCUUGAUUGCGGUGAAAUCAGAAAAACUUACGGUUGAGGGACAGACUUUAAGACAUUUCCUUGGCUCUUUCAAGCCCCAGCCCCAGCAAGGCAAAUCAGCCAGCGUUCCAUGCCUUCCGCGCCCAUUUCAGGUGCACGCCUCCGGUCUUACCGUUGCUACCCUGGGCUCUUGUCCUCAAAUCUGUCCAGCUAGCCCCUGGGGGCGGUACCUCACAGCUGGUAGCCACCCAUCCAGGUUCUGUGUGUCUUUGUUCCUCUGUAUGUUCAGAUAUGGGUGUCAGAAUCUUUCUUCUCGCCCAGCCCCAUCCCCCCCUGCCCCGCCCCCACUGCUGCCCGUUAGCUCCAUAACUGAGGAGACAUGGCUGUCCCAUACCUGGCCUCUAAUACAUAGCUGUCUUUUUUCUGAUGGGAUCCUGUGGGUGAGGGUGGCAGGCUCUGCAGACCACUUCUGAGCUGGGCCUCUGGCAGCCUGUCAGAAUCAGAAUCAAUCCCUGCUCCCUGGAUGCUCAAAGCACAUUUUAGACUUUCUCCAGUUUGGAAGUGAGUGUGUGAUGGUGUCUGUGCACUGAAGGGAAAAAAAAAAAAAAAACUGUCACUCUGAAAUUCUAGAACCAGGGUGAGCUGGGGGCCGGGUAAGCACAGGGCAGAGAGUGGUGAGGAAGAGGAGCCCAGAUCUCCCAGGAAGUUGACAAAGGACACGAGACUCAGGAGGCAGACCCGGAAGACAUGGAAGUUCUCAAGUCCCACUCUUGAUAGACAGUUGUAGUGAUCAGCCCGUGUACACUGUAGCAGAAAGCAGACCUUGCUCCUGCAGACAUUUUGUUUGGUUGAUUUUUCUUGAGACAGAGUCUUACACUGUAUGCCAAUCUAGCCUUGAACACACGUUGUAGUCCAGGCUAGCCUCAAACUUUCUGCAAUCCUCAGCCUCCUGCUUAUUAGGAUUAUAGAUGUGAGUUACCCCAGUCAGCACCAUACACUUCUAAUGAAAACAAGUCCAAAUAUUUUCAAGAUCGUAACUUUUAAAAAUAUUAACACGGUCUCCUUUCUGUAUCCAGCAAGUUUGAGGCCCAAGGGCCUCUUUCUGAACAGUGGCUUGGGCCCUAAAACAAGGAAGGAACGUGUCAGUUCCCAGCUUUGUCCAAUGAAGGCCCCUACUCUGAACUGGAACAGAAACUGGAUGCCCUAAAUCUGCAUGUGAGAACUGGGGACUCUCAGAGAAUGUGGGCCUCUCUCUCCCCUUGAUUUUGGCUGCCAAACCAGAAUUUUGGAUGGCUUAAAGUAAAUACCUCUGGGUACCUGUUACUGGGUAAAGUGGUACCAUACCACCAGGGACGUGUGCUAGCUUCAGGAAGAAAGCAGCAGUUGGGCUGGCUGAGCCAUCCAAGGUACUGCGUUCAGGAAGAAAAGUGCCACGCUUUGCUUCCUGAUCCUUUACUUUGGGAACAUCAGAGAUGGGUGGGCACCGAAGAAAAACCUUGGUGAUGAUUUGCAUUGAGUAAGAAAACUGAUUCUCACUUAGGAAGUGACUGGGAUGCUGGCAUGGUUUGAAGGGAGGCAGGAUGGUGCAAUGAGCAAGAAUCUUGGAGGUGACCUCUCUGCUCCCUGAGGCAAGUGAAAAAAUCUAGUGUGCCCAGCAAGCUGGAAUCCUGACAGACUGUCCCACAUGGGAGAAACAGCAGGAAGUGUGCCUUCAGAUCAGCGGGGCCAGCCAUGGUGUCCUUCUUAUCCAGAGAGGUGGGGGCAGAACUGGGGAGAGAAGAGGAAAACCAACGGGAUGUGCCCUAGGCUCUCCAACUUCUCUCUCUCUCUCUCUCUCUCUCUCUCUCUUCCUCUCUCUCUCUCUUCCUCUCACUCUUUCUCUCUCUCCUUCCUUCUUUAUCUUUCUUCUGUUUUUUCUCCUUUCUUCCUCUCAUUCUUUCUCUUUGUUUCUUUCAACUUUAAAGACUAGGUUUAUUUGAAGAGGGAAAAAACCCACACCAAACCCUCAACCCUAAGGAUAGGAUUUUACAACUCAAGACAUCCCCCAAGUAAUGUCUACAGAUUACAAAUCAUUUUCCUAGAAAAUAUUUCUGCACAAAUUUUGCAUGUAUUCAGGAAAGUAUAAGUUGGCCCCUGCUUUUAUUCUAACAGAGGAGCCAAGUAGGAGAGUGGGGCACAGCAGCUUUCCUUUACAUGCAACUGUCUGGAAGGGAAAGAGACAUGAAGAGGGCAAAUGACCUCUUUGUUGUCUACAACCAACGGGGUUUUUUGUUUGUUUGUUUGUUUGUUUUGUUUUGUUGGGGUUUUUUGUUUGUUUUGUUUUCAAGACAGGGUUUCUCUGUGUAGCUUUGGCACCUUUCCUGGCACUCACUCUGUAGAUCAGGCUGGCCUUGAACUCACAGAGAUCCACCUGCCUCUGCCUCCCGAGUGCUGGGAUUGAAGGAGCGCGCCACCACCGCCCGGCCUCAGCCAACGGUUUUUUAAAAACCCGGUCAGCUGUGGGUAUCUCUCUAAAAGCCCACUUCCUAGCUACCCGCCAGUCGGGCCCACUGGAGCAGUCCCUGCUGUGCCCACUGCUGUGCCCACAGCCCACUAAACCAACACUCCUGCACAGCCGACCUAGAGCUUGCCCAUUGCGACCAAGGUCUCAUUUGUCCGUAGUACCCUGACUUCCUACAACAAGGAAAUCCGCCAUCUUUGAAGUUGACCCUCUCUAGAGGGGCACAUCAAUGCAGACAGGUCAAGCUACUACUGUGUUGCGAGAAAAGCCAGGACCUUAUUCGAUAGUUCUUUGCAUUAUCCUUUAUUCUUGAGGGAAGCUACGAAACCAACCCUCUUAAGUAGAAAACCUCACAGUGUCGGUCACAUUCUAAACGCAAGCACUAGCACGGGCUUCCAUGAAGGAAACCUACAGAAACCUGAAAACACCCCCAUCAAGGCUGACCGCCUCCAACUCAACUCUGCCCAUUUACACACCCCUAUUGACCACCCAAGUCUAUUGGUUGAAGUACUCUGCCCUCCAAGCGGGAGUGGGGGGAGAUGCAAAGCUGCAGGAGCAACAGACUGAGAGUCACGGGGGCAGGAAUCAGAGACACCCCAGAGCUGGUUCACUUGAGGAAAACAGUGAUGCCUCAGACCGCAGCUUCUGGCGGCCAAGAUAAAAUGCCUGUGAGGUUAGGGGUGUGACUUACAAAGGCUGCUUUGGGGAGGCUACCACUGUCAUUGAGAACAGGAGAUGACCAGGGUGACGAGGUUUUGAAAGAAUGUGGACAUAUUUGAAAGUUUAGACAGGACAGUGUUUAGAAGGGGCAAAAGAGGAUCUGCAAGACUCAUUUGAUUUGCCCUCGAAUGCUCCAGGGUAGAGCGUGAGAUUAGGAGACAGCACAGGACAUGGAGGUCUACUCAGUGCGGUUGUCUCCUCCUUCCCAUCUUCACCAUCCACGGAGGGAACAGCAUACUUGCUUGCAGAACUGAACUUGAAGGCUGAAUUCUCCUCCUCACUUUGGCUCAGGUGCAGCUCUGGAGUCUUGAUCCUUUUGCAAUCUUUCCUCAACCCCUUCAGUGGUCUGUGCUCCCCCCAUCUCCAGGACCACAGCUGGGGUUCCCACUCUGGCCUUUUGGGACACUCAUCCCAUCUACUUUGUUUUCUUCUUUCCUUGCUGGUCCUUCCUCAGAGGGCUGAGCGCGACAGAGCUGCUUCCCUCUGUCACUUGCCGGGGACUGCUGCUCUGUGUCUGAGCUCUGAAAUGGAGCAGGAAGCUUCGAGCGUCGCUUGACCCACACAGGGGCUAGCAAGACCUUGAGAGGCCAAUCAAGUUCAGCUCUAGAGAUUGGAAAGUGACGGUCUUCUUUGUUGAGUGUUUCAUUUUUCUAGAGACUUCUCGCUCUCUCUCUUUUGUGUAAUUCUGCCAGAUGUGACUGAGGCCCCAGUCUGUGAUGACUCACUUCCUGUCCUCAACCUGAGUUUCUUCCCUUGGCCCACUUGGUGUCUCUUCCAGGGUCAGCCGUCUAGUUUUGGUUCAUCCAGCUGAUGGUGCGACCUCUCCUGCUACUUCCGUGGUCCCUCUUCAGCUUCUCUUUCUCUAGCAGCUGUGUCAACAGGCUUUGCCUCUCCAAAGACAGAAGCUGCUUGACUGGAUUGGAAGGAACUAGCAGAGGAAUCAUCUUCCUUGGGAAUACUCCAAGUUUUUCGAUUCAGUUUGGGGUUGUCGGGGGACAGACCUAUAUUUGUCCUAUAAUUGUCCCAAGAGUAAACAUCCCUGGAACUCCAUGACUGACUGCCGUAUCUGUCAUACCUGUCUUCAUAGCAGUCCCCAUUUCCUCUGUAGUCUUCUUCAACCCUACAGUACCCACUACCUGAUGCUCUUCUGCCUAUCCUGGAGUCAUAGCCUCGGUCAUAGUCUCUGCUGCCCUGGUCAUCACAGCGAUCCUGUCCCCCAUAUCUCAGCAUGGGCCGUCCUGAUACCUGUCUGCAACCCAUCCUGAUACCACUCUGAAUCUCAACCCUUGUCUCCAAAGCUACCAUCACCUCUUCUGGAUAGUAGUCCUCAAAAGCUGUCUGCAGCAGGAUGGGUCCUCUGGUGUGUGUCUGUUUUGUUAGAAUCUAAAUUUCUAUCUCGACCAAAAGAAUGAUCACCCCUGUCUGUAUCCAGUGCUUGAUCAAUUUCUCCUGUUACCUAGAGACUCAGCACACCGAGCAGAGCAUGCAGGGCCUCAAAUUCUGCGUAGCCAAAACCAUUCGACCUGUCUGGAUUGCUGGGUUCACACAGCAAGUGGACUGCACUGGUAUCUCAUCCUCUAAAGAACUCCUUAGCGGAGUCUUCUGUCACAUCAUAGGGCAAGUUCCCUAGGAAAAUGGUGUAGGGUGGCAAUUUGGGAAGACAGCUCUGGUGGGUAUGUGGUUCCUGAGCAGCCCAUGGAGCAGUAAAAAGGACAGAACAGGCCAUUAGAAGCGCCCUAUAAACACCCUCAUCAUUACUAUGCCGAGUUGUUGACCUCUCUUUCCAGAUCAUCUGUUUCAUCAGCCCAGCUGACUGGUUUAGGGACCUAGGUGUUUCCUCCCGCCAUCCUCAACCAGAAAGCCUGUUAGGGAAAUGGUCUUGCCUUCUGAAUCUUCUGUUUUGCUGAGGCUGCCAUGUUGGAAGGGGAAAAGAGGAUGCCCAGGCCCCACGACUCAUUUUCAUCUGGGAGCUAAACCCAUUUGGAAAGAUGGAAUUAAAAUCCAACUUUUUGUCAGAUACUUAGCCCACUCUUGAACUUGAAGGCUAUUAAAUCAGAUUAGUGAAUGAAAGUGUUUGUUUGGGGUUUUUUUGUUAGUUUGUUUUCUUGUCUUUGGACUUUACAGUACAGUGUGCAUUUUUCUGGAGCAUAUUUUCUUCUUUUGAGAAGUAGACUAAACAGUCUCCACAAUAAUGAGGUAUACAGGCGGGAGAAAACAUUUCUGGGAGGGAUGUUUUCUAUUUUUUUCUGUCCUGAUUAAGCUUUCUCCUAGCCAAAUGACUAAAUUGGGUUUCUAAGCGAAGCAGCUGUCAUGGUGUGUGAUGUAUACUAUUUAUGCAGGGCCCACUGGGGGGCCCAGUCAUUUGUCCUGUCUUGAAAUUGAGGUCAGAAUGUCUCACACACAACCCCUCCCCGGGGAACAGAGUGGACUGGACUAGGUUGCACACGCUGGCUGUCAGCUCAGUGGAGAUGUCAUGUGGGACAUGUCACUCCCAUCACAUGGUUUGUGAUUCUUGGGCUGGCAGGUCACAUGUGGUCAGCACUUCCAGGCCUGCCUCUGGAUUGAGCUAAGAUGGGUCUAGGGCUAAGGAUGCUCACAGAAGGUUCGUCUGUAUGGCUAGAUCCUGUUCUUGAAACUGUAAACAGCCCAGCCAGUAUCCUUUUCACAUAGUUCUGGGAUCUUCUGCUCUCCUCACACCCGUAAGGGUGACUGCCGUGUGGACAGCACACACUAUCAUUGGAGGCAAUACCCUGCUCAAGUCUGCCGGGCAGUCUGGUCGUACUGCCUAGCUGGUCGGGGUCUACUGUGUGAUACUCCGGGAAGCAGAGCUGCUGUGUCUGCUCUGUCUCAAUGCAGAAUAUUCCAGAUUCCCAGAUCAGCAUUACUUUGCCCAGUUCCCAACACUCGUGCAAACACAAAAACAAAGACAUGAGAGGUGAGGUAUAUGACUGCUCUGGUGAAAGUGACAGUGAACCUGGGCUUCAGCAGAACCCCGCUGGGCAUCUUCUUCUCUUUGACAAGCCUUCAAGUAUGCGCAGCAAAAAUCAAUACUGACUAGUCAAGAAGCAAUGGAUGAGUUUGUUGUUGUUUUGAGAUAAAUUCUUCUGUAGUCCAGGCUGGCUUUGAACUCACUCUGUAGCUGAAGCUGCCCUUGAACAUCUGACCCUUUCCGCCUCCUGAAAAGUGUUUUAUUGUAUGUUUGUUUUUGCUGUGCUGGGGAUGGAACUCAGGGCCUUGUGAAUGCUAGGCUAGUGUUUGCCAUUGAGCUAUAUAUGUUCCCAAUGAGUGAAUGUUUUUAUUUUGUUUUGUUUUAAGCGAAACUAGGUAACAAGAGUCUGAAAAUGUAAAUGGAUAAAUAGGCUUUCAGGUCGAUUUUUUUUUUUUUAAAUAAAGAAAGCAAACAUCCAUACUCUCUCAUUUCUUAUAGUGAUGAGCUUUUCUUUUGAAUCCUAAGGAAGAUAAUUUCCCAUCAGCUAUUUGUGUCUUGGGAUUUUGUCUUAAGCCACAAGUCCAGGGUCUGCAGCAGCUCUGCUGUCAGAUGAGGCAGCCUUUGUUUGGAACAUGGGAAAGGACUGCCCAGUUCGGCCAGGGUUUGAAUUCCUGCCCAGGGUCACUGUCCCAAAGUCAUUCAAGGAGUGAUUUAGAUGCAGCAUCUGAAACGUAGCCUUCAUCUCCUGGGGUCUUUAAACACUGAACGGGGAAACUGACCAGACACAUCUGAAGUGAUAACUUAAUAAAGAAAUAGAAGUUUAUCAGGUCAAAUCAAAUGAUGGCAUGCCAUCUGGUGUGACAGUGUUCACCUGUGAUUCCCAGCCCUCGGGAGGCUAAGGAACAAGAAUUAGAGAUCAGCCUGGGCUACAUGGUGAGUCCUAGGCUAGCCUGGGCUACAUAGGAAGUCCCUGUCUCAAAAAAAUAAACAGAACAGAUGUCAUCUUCUCUGCAUGAACGUGCUUCAAUCAACCAAUGUAACAACAAUGGGAACGCUAAAAUAAAGGCCCCUCAAAAUAAGAAA